UAUCCUGAAACAAGCCUUAGGCGGAGCACGAUGUCGCCGGCUUCAAACCCAAAACCCUCCUCUUAUUCCAAUCAAAACUUCCGCCCAGAAUAGGUUGAAAAUUUCCGACCAAUUUGCAUGUCUAAAUUUCUUAGCGAAGCUCGGUAGAUACUCUCUCUAGUUUUCAUUGUCAGUCAAAAGAAAAUAAAAAUGUCAGUCAGAACACUUAUCAAACACCUCCAUUGCCACCACCAUUACUUGAUUAAACCCCUUGCUUCCUCUCGCUCCCUUUCCUCCAUCGCAACCUACCCUCUGUCACAGCCACCACGCCACGUUAUCCAAAACCACAACCAAGAUCAAGACCCGUACUCACUCCUCAAGGAGGAUCCUAUCCAAAUCUGCUCCUCCCUCUGGGUCAAGACAUUUUCUUCACCACCCGACAUAACCUUCCCUAACCUCACUGGCUUCCUCUCCAAACUCGACCUCUGGGUCCUGGCCUACCAGCGCUCCUGCGCUCAAGUGACAGGCACGUUCCCUCCUCGCAACGCCAUCCAUUCUCAUGUCCUCUCCGACCUCCUCUCCCUCCGAAACGCCGUCGUCCAUGGGCAAUUCUUCUGGAACAAGAAGACCCAGCAAUACAUUCGGAGCCCCAACGACAAGCCCCUUACUAGAGUUAUCUCCAAACGCAAGCUUCAGGCGAUUCUUGAAUCCGACGAGCCUUGUUUCCAAGACAGGGUCGUUCAGGAGGUCCUUUUGAUCGUGUUGGAGCCGGUUUUUGAGGCCCGGUUCUCGCCAAAAUCACAAGCGUUUCGGCCUGGACGGAAUGCACAUACGGUGAUUCGGACCAUUCGCAGUAACUUCGCCGGGUACCUGUGGUUCCUGAAAGGCGAUUUGAGUGACAUAUUUGAUAAUGUAGAUGGACGUGUGGUAUUGGGUUGUGUCGAAAAGGCCGUUAAGGAUAAGAAAGUGUUGGGUUUGAUCAAAUCGGCGCUCAAAGGACCGGUUAGGGAUCGAUCACAAUUAGAAACUGAAGAUAAAGAAGAACUGAGAAAGAAGAAGAAACGGCAGUCUAAGAAGAAGAAGAUCCUCAAUGAGAAUGAGCCCAAGCCGGAUCCUUAUUGGUUGAGAACAUUUUUUAAUUUCGCACCUAAAGAGGCUGCUAAGGUACCCUCUUAUGGUUAUUGUGGAAUUCUUAGUCCUUUGCUUGCCAAUGUGUGUCUUAAUGAAUUGGAUCAUAUGAUGGAAGAGAAAAUAGUUGAGUUUUUUAGGCCGUCUAAGCUUGAUUCGAUAUGGAAAGAUUCUAUUAAUGAUGGGUGUCAUAACCCAGCUUGGCCAGAGUUUGUUCCUUCUAGUGGGAAAGAGAAAACUAGGAAAAUGGAUUAUAUACGAUAUGGGGGUCAUUUCUUGAUCGGGAUCCGAGGCCCUAGAGAGGACGCAGUGCAAGUUAGAAAGGAAAUAAUUGAGUUUUGUGAAAGCAGAUUUGGGUUAAGGUUGGAUAAUUCAAAGGUGGAGAUAGAACACAUUACCAGGGGUAUUAAUUUCUUGGACCAUAUAAUUUGUCGCAGGGUGAUACACCCGACACUUCGUUACACUGGUACUGGAGGUAAUAUUGUGAGUGAAAAGGGUGUAGGUACUUUGCUUUCGGUUACUGCUAGCUUACAACAGUGUAUUCGCCAAUUCAGGCGGCUUGAGUUAGUUAAGGGUGAUAAGGAUCCUGAGCCAUUGCCUUGCAACCCAAUGUUGUAUUCAAGUCAAGCUCAUUCAAAUUCCCAGAUGAACAAGUUCCUUGAGACCAUGGCCGAUUGGUACAGAUAUGCUGACAAUCGCAAGAAAGUCGUUGGGUUUUGUGCUUAUGUGAUUAGGAGCUCUUUAGCUAAACUAUAUGCUGCAAGGUAUAGACUAAAGUCUCGUGCCAAGGUGUAUAAGAUAGCUUCACGUGAUCUUAGCCAUCCUCUGAGGGCGAGCAGUAACAAUUCAGCUCCUGAAUAUUCAGAUCUUUUGAGGAUGGGACUUGUCGAUGCUAUUGAAGGUGUUCAGUUUUCUCACAUGUCUUUGAUUCCAUCAUGUGAUUACACCCCGUUUCCUAGGAAUUGGGUCCCGGAUCAUGAGAAUGUGUUGCAAGAAUAUAUUAGACUGCAAGACCCAAAAUUCUUUUGUGAACUGCAUAGAUCAAUUAAACGACAUGGUUUAAGUCUGCCUCAAGAUGAGAUAUCUGAGAUUGUAUGGGACUAUAAAACUUUUGGGGUAUGGAAAAGUCGGUCCUUUGAUGAAACUAAAACAAACGAGGGUUCAGGGAAGGUGGAUGGGACCCUGUGAAUGAAUUCCUUUGUGGAUUUAGGGAAGAACUUUCGAAUAUUGAAAUUGAGCUCCCAUCUUCAUUGCAUACUUGUGGACCAUACAUACUAGACACAAUUGUUAUCUAGCUAAAUGUCUAAGGGAAAUACUCUAGCCACAAAUUGAUUACACAAGUAAUUCCACAAACUGAUAUGAUUUGAUGUGAUUCAUCAGAUUGUAAAGUUACUUUUAUUAUAAAGUAGAUCUAACGGAUUAGAUGAAGUGACAUCAAUUUGUAGGAUUGUUUUUGUGUAAUUCUUUUGUGGAUGUAGCAGUCCUCAAUGUUUAAUAGAGCACAUGUUUGAUGCUUCAAUACCUUCUUGUAAAUGGAUUUUUAAGUCAUUAUCAUGUGAUGUCUAUCCUCCAGAAGGAAUAUGUCCAUACGACAGAAGCGAUUGAAAUGAUUAGAACAGAUUGAACUUGGAAUUGUUACAUUAAGGAAAAGUCAGAAGGGGCACUUACCGGGGAAUUAGAUAAGAUUAGAUUUUCUGGAAUGAUUGCUUCCGAGCAGCUUGUGUGAUACUCAAGAAUGACUGCUCCUGAAGGGAUUGAUAUGUUCAAGCUGAAUGUGCUAGCCAAGACAAGAUGAAGGCCAAAUAAUUGGUUGAGAUGGCAAAGUAAUCUUGAUUGUGAAUGGAGAUUACAGGAAGCACACCCGAGAAAAAGUGCUCGAGGAAGCAUGUAAAUUUGUGCAGAUUUAAGUGUUGCUAGUCCUUGUUAGAGAAGAUUUUGGCAAACACGAACAUUCCUGGCUUCAAUUUGGUUGGCUCACUGCAGGUUUAUUUUGAUCUUCUUAAUCUCUCCUUUGUUUGGUGGCACAUCUGAACCGGGUCAGUCUUGGAUCAUAAGAUUCUCCUUCUCCUGGCUUCUUAGUUUGGUGGUACAUUCGAUGUUCCUGCACAUUCUUGCCUUUUGCGAGUCUCUAAAACCAUGAGGCAACUGCAGAUCUUACCUAUGGUUGGAUUUGGAUGGGAAGAAUUCCACCGUACGGGCAGGCACCUGCAUGAGCAGCGGUGGUGGCGAUGGUGAAUACAAAAUCCUAAGGCCUGAUCAUCUCAUUUUAUCUCACUAUCCAAACCAGAGCUAAAUCAGAAUGCAUCACCCAUUGAAAUCUACUGCAAUUGCAUUGGGCAUUUGUUGCUGUUGCAUAGUACCUUUGGAGGGUCUGUGCAAGAAGAUUGGGUGUACUGUGGAAUUGAGGAGCAAUGAAGGGGUGUUCAGAAGAAAAUUUUAUGUUUUUAGUAAAGGAUUGUCUAUUUAUAUCUCAAGCUAUUAAGUUUAUGGAUGUCAUCUAAUCGGGUGAACCUGAAUGUAUUUCCCAUCAGUAGCAACCCUCACAGGACACCAUGGAAGAAAACCUUUAGGCAGGGAGAACCCCUCCAACAGUUCUUCAUGGGCUUUUUGCUUGCAGAGAGCUCCACCAUGGUAAAUCUCUGCUUUUAUCUGUAAGACUCGAUCACUUGAGUUGCCAUUUAAUUUGCAUGUUUUCCGGGUGAAGAGUGAAGAUGCGAUAUGGAAGGAAUUAAAUAGCAUUGUGGGAAGUGUAGGGGUAUGCAUGCAUGGGGCUUUAUAUAUUGGGUAAGGCUUGCACCUGUUAUCGUGGAUGCAUGACAUUGUUUGGCGUUUACAUUGGUAUUUAAUAUUUAUGAUUAUAAUCAUCUCAUUACCAUAUUUCUAUUUAGGAAA